AUGGAUUCCACCUCGUCACCGCUUAGCGAAGGGUCGUAUUCCAUUGACUCGAGAGUGAAUUUAGAAGUUAGAAGAAACUCUCCCUUUCCUAGAGGGCCUAGAUCAUCACGUUCUAGAUCGCGCUCCUGGUCAAGACGAUACGACGUAUCAUCGCAGGAUCACAGGAGAGACAGAAGCAGAGAACGUAGACGUCGGAACAGAUCAAGAUCACGAGAUCGGCAUCGUAGACGUUCACCACGCCGGUCAUCAAGGAGCCGCUCCAGAUCUCGACGCAGAGAGCGUUCUUCAAGAUCCUCGCAGACGCCCCCACCUACGCCAGCCCUAGACCGAAUCUUUCCAAAGGAGGCGUCAGCCCAACUAGCAUCUUGGAUGUCUGUUGGACAGAAACCAGCUCAAACUAGAGAGCUGAGGGACAUUUUUAAACCGGCGUUCGAGGACAAAAAUUUUCUGUUGUCAUGCCCAAAAAUGGAUGACGUGGUAGAGCGGCAGAUUUCCCGCAACAGGCACAGUAAAUUCAUCGCACAGAGAGAGUUGAUCUGGAAAUCAACACAGCUUAAGGUAUUAGAUAUCGCCAGACCGCUGAUUUCGCUUUGGAACCGCUUAGCUCCAAAUACAGAGGAAGGGACGAUUUUGGAGAGCGCGAUCCGUCUUUGGGCGGAAGCUCACUUCUUUAUCUCAAAGAAUAGGAGAGCCAACGUGAUGAAUAGCGUUUAUCCACGCUUCAAAUCUCUUUUGAAAGAUCCCGCCAACUUUUCGCCUUCGGAAGUUGCCCAGCUUUUUGGUCCGACCUUUACAUCCGCUCUUCUGCAAGCAGCCGACGAGGACGCAAAAUUACAAAAAGUCGCAUCAGUC